GCAGUAAGUGGUUGCGGAGCGUUCCUCGGUGGUUGAUGCUUCAUUGGAACUGAUUAUUGAAGAAUCAUAUGGUUUAAAUCAUUUACAUUAUUAUUUUUAAGCAUGCCGAAGUUAUUAAUUUGUGUUAGUCGCUAUGGCAAUCUUUUUGUGAAAAAUGUGCAAUGUCUGCAUCAUUCACAGCUAAUCUCAAGUGGGGUAAGGAAUUUAAGUGUUGUUCAUGGAGACCUCAGCCGGCUGAAUGAAAGAGUAAGAAACUAUGUCGAGGACAAGGCGAAGCUCUGUCAGCCAGACAAUCUACAUAUCUGUGAUGGAAGUGAAUCUGAAAAUGAUUACCUCUUAAAUUUAAUGCUAAAGCAAGGAAUGAUAACGCCACUUAAAAAAUAUGAAAAUUGUUGGUUGGCCCGCACAGAUCCUGCAGAUGUAGCUCGAGUUGAGAGUUUGACAUUUAUGUCAACUCCCAAUAAAAGCGACACUGUCCCAACAACUAAAGAUGGAAUUAAAGGAACCCUGGGUAACUGGCUUUCUCCAGAUGAUAUGGAAAUUGCUUUUCGGGAACGAUUUCCAGGGUGUAUGAAAGGUAGAACUAUGUAUGUAAUUCCAUUUAGCAUGGGGCCCAUUGGUUCCCCUCUUUCAAAAAUUGGCAUUCAGCUAACAGAUUCACCCUAUGUAGUUGCCUGCAUGAGGAUAAUGACAAGGGUCGGUUCCACUGUUUUGAAAGUUUUGGGAAAUGAAGAGUUUGUAAAGUGUUUGCAUACUGUUGGACAGCCACUGCCUACAAAAACACAACCUAUAAACAAUUGGCCUUGCAACCCUCAAAAAACCAUCAUAGCUCACAUUCCUGAAAACAAUGAGAUCUGCUCCUUUGGAAGUGGUUACGGAGGAAAUUCCCUUCUCGGGAAAAAAUGUUUUGCUCUUAGAAUUGGCUCAAUUUUAGCAAAGCGUGAAGGGUGGUUAGCCGAGCAUAUGCUGAUUCUAGGUAUAACAAAUCCAAAAGGUGUAAAAAAGUAUGUUGUUGCUGCGUUUCCAAGUGCUUGUGGAAAAACAAACUUGGCCAUGAUGAAUCCUACUUUACCUGGAUACAAAGUUGAGUGUGUUGGAGAUGACAUUUGUUGGAUGAGAUUUGAUGAGUCUGGCCAACUUAGAGCUAUCAACCCUGAGUAUGGCUUUUUCGGAGUAGCUCCAGGCACUUCUAUGAAGACAAAUCCAAAUGCCAUGCUUUCUAUUCAGAAAAACACAAUGUUCACAAAUGUUGCUGAAACAAGCGAUGGUGGAUUUUUCUGGGAAGGUUUAGAAGACGAAGUUCCAAAAGAUGUUAAAAUUACAUCCUGGUUAGGAAUGGAGAACUGGACCCCAGAUGUGGGCAAACCAUCAGCCCACCCAAAUUCAAGAUUUUGUUGUCCUGCCAAACAAUGCCCAAUAAUGGAUCCUGCAUGGGAAGAUCCUGAAGGUGUUCCUGUUAGUGCUAUAAUAUUCGGAGGCAGGCGACCAAAAGGUGUUCCUUUAGUAUAUGAAGCAUUUAAUUGGAGGCAUGGAGUUUUUAUUGGUGCUGCUAUGAGAUCAGAAGCCACUGCUGCUGCUGAACAUAAAGGAAAAGUAAUCAUGCACGACCCAUUUGCUAUGCGUCCAUUCUUUGGUUAUAAUUUUGGUCAUUACUUGAAGCAUUGGUUAAGUUUCGGCAACAAACAAAACCUUAACUUGCCAAGAAUAUUUCAUGUAAAUUGGUUCCGAAAGGAUGAAAAUAAUAAAUUCAUGUGGCCUGGUUUUGGUGAAAAUAGCAGGGUUCUGGAUUGGAUCUGCCGUAGGGUAGAUGGUGAAGAUAUUGCUCAGAAAACUGCAAUAGGAUACAUUCCAAAAGAGGGUUCACUAAACCUAUCUGAUCUUUCCACUCCGGUGAACACAGAUGCCUUGUUCCAAUUGCCUAAAGAUUUUUGGAUGCAAGAAUGCAAAGAAAUUGAGAAAUAUUUUAGCGAGCAAGUGCAUAAAGAUUUGCCGGAAGAAAUUAGUAUUGAACUUAAAAGUUUAGAAGAACGUGUUAAACAGAUGUAAAUAUUGAAUGAAACUAUUUUUUACCCAAUUUUAGUAGGUGGCACAAUUUGUUUGUAAGAAAAGUUUAAAGUUGUUAUUUCAAAUGUUUUGAAUCUUAUUUUGGUAGGAUUUUAUUUUUUUAGAGCUGUUUAUUUAUAUUUGUCUUAUUUUGUGCAUAAAUAUAGUUUUAAAAAAAUCUGUCAAGUUUAAUUUAUCUUCAAUCAUAUAAUAUACUAUGUAAGAAAUAGUCAUUUCAUUUCUUAGAGUAAAUUUUAAUGUGAAAAAUUAAAUUUCCUAGUCAUAUAAUUUACUUUUAUUGCUCUUUCAUGUUGCAAAGAAAUAUUUUAUGGCAUAAUUGAAAGUAAGUUUUUCAAAAGUACUGGACUGACUUUCAAAUCACUGUAGAAGUCACAAUUUUAUGACUAAACAAGAGUAUAGGAAUACUCAAAUCAAUUUUAAUGUGCCUCUAUUUAAAAACAAAAGUUAGUUUGAUUUAAAUUAAAUGUUUUACUGAAUGUAUGAUUUUUAUACUCUGUAAUUGUUAAACAUUGAAUUUUUUAAAAUAAAAACCAUAUUACUUAAAGAAUAUUCUAAGAGUCCACAAGGAAUUAUUCAAGGUAUAAAGCGGUUUUAUGCUAUAUAAUUAAGUUGUGAAAUUCAAUUGUUUUUAUAGUGAGUUAUGGUUUGCCUUUUAAUAAUAUUUUUAAAGGAAUAAAUUUGUCUGUAACUCUUUUGUGAGAAUGUUCUGAACUUCAUUAUUUUGAAGAUUAUGAUUUUUUUUUUACUUCACAAAUAACAGAACACUUAAAGUUAAGUAGCUUUCUGACAUAUGUCUUCAAAACUGUUAAAAGCUUGAUUAUGUAUGAUGAUCGUUUUUUUUUUUUUUUUUUUUUUAAAUUUCUUCUAAGUAAUCAAAAUAUUUUAAUAGCUCUGUAACAUGCCACUGGUGGAAACAUUUUAUUGUAAGUCGUUGUUUAACAUUUUAAACUUUUUAUUUUAAAGUUUUGAAAAAUAUUUUCUUAGUCAAAAUUAUAAUGAGCACUAUAUUAAAAUUUUGUAUAGUGUAAAAUAGGAAGUCAAAACAAAUUUUGUUGGCCAAAUUAUUUCUAAAAUUCAAUCUAUUUAAUGAUUAAUAAACCUAAAAAUUCAAAUUGAAGGGAUUUAAAUUGACAAUGAAGGGGGAGAAAUCCCGUCAAUAAAAUGUCUUAUCAAAAAAGUAGGAGAACCUUGCUGCCCUUUUACUAAUUAUUUGUAAGGUCAUCUAUUUUGAAAACUCUGUUACAACCAAACAUACAAGACUCCAAUGUGUUUCAGGUUUUGAACAUUUUUUUCCCAUGUUUCGUGACUUAUAAAAAAUAUGUGCAUGAAUUUCCAUUAAAUUUCCUGAAAGUGCUUUUUUCUUUUUUUUUUUUUUUUUUUUUGAAAUUCGUUUAUCAAAUCCCACUAAGGAAAAAAAACUUUUAGGUAACUUAAAGCUAUUGUUAAAAUUAAAUGCAUGUUUUAAAGUUUUAAUGAGUUUAUUAAAAAUAUAUUGGUACAUGCAUGUAUGUAUUAAGUACAUGUAUGUAUUUGUAAUAAGCUAUGUGGCGAAUUUUAGUGUGCAUAUGUGUGUCAAAUUAUGAUUUAUCUGUCUAUAAAAAGCUAUAUUGCUUAUGUGAUAUCUUGAAGAUUUUCUCCAAGUUCUAAAAUUUUCUUUUAAUCGGUGUAUUUUGCUCAUUUUCAAUUUAUAUGAUGUACAUUUUUGAUUAAUCAGAGCAUUUAAAUUUUAAAACAUUAGUAGAUUUUAAAUUUUUAUGCUUAUUUCUUUUUUGACCCAAGUAUGGCUUUACAGAUUUUGGUGUUUUUAAUUGUUAUUGAGUAAGCAUAAUUUUUGUAUGCAAAUCCUUUAAUUUUUUUUACUCAUUGUUUCAAAGAGCGUUUUAAAAUAUUUAAAAGCAACAAAACAAAUACCUUAAAUUAUUACUUUAACUCUGCAAUAUUUUUCUAAAAUGUUCAACUAAAAGUGAAAACGGUUAGAAUGAUGUUUCAUCCUAUGUUUUCUCUUUCAAUGCAUUAAUAUUAUUACGAUCAAAGUCAUUGUGGCCACUCUAUAUUUGAAUUUCCUAACCAAUGUUUGCUCAGUACAAAAAGGGUUUAAUCUUAAAAUUGGAUGUAAACUUAAUCAAUUUAUUUCAAAUUUUUAAAAAUAUUUUUAUAAGAAAUAAGAGUUGAAAGAUUAUACGUUAGAGAAAUCCUAUGCGUAGGAAGCAAUUGAUUCAUAUAUGUUUUAUGAUUAAAAACGACCUUCAAAUUUAUAAUUUUACUAGAGAUACGGAUAAUUUAUUUCUUUUUUGUUACCUUAAUAAUAUGAUUGCUACAGAUUUUUUAAGUGUUGAACAAAUAAGGAUUUCAAAGUGAGAAAUGCUGAUAAGAACUGUUAUUUUCAAGCAUAUCCUCACUCUCAAAUAUUCUAUUUUACUGUUUUUAUAGUAGAAAAUCGAGACAUUUUAAAAAUUAGUUUCCCAAGUAGAUAAAUUUUGAUUAUCCUUCCCAGAAUUUGAGAAGAACUGUAAUAAUGUCAAAUUAACUAUCCCCAGUUGUUAAUACCUUCCUAGAAGUGGUAUUCUUUCCCCCUCUACAAUGGUCAGGGAAACUAAUUUAAUUUAUUUAAAUUAUAAAAUUUCUAAAGUAAAAUUAACUUUUCAGUACAUUAUUUGUUUUUAAAGAGGAUAAUGGAAAUAUUCUUAGAGUUAAGAAAUGUUUCCGGGGAGGGUGUUUUCUGUUUUCCACAUGUCUUCGGUCACAAAAUAUUCCGACUUAACCACAACAAUUUUUAAUGAGACAUUCCCAUUUAUAAUUUCAGAACAUUUUUUUUUUUCUAAACUUGUAUAGUUACAGGAUUGAAUUUUAUUUUAAGUAACUUUUAAUAAUAUUAUCAUGUCUUAAAGAAAGUUUUAAAAAUCAUUCAGUUGAUAUUUACUAAAAAUUUGUUCUCAAGAGUUCUAUUUCUUCUCCCCACUGCCACAUAUUGUCCGCUAGUUUUGUUUUCCAAGAGUAAUUGUAUUCAAAAUUUAUUAUUUAGAGCUUAAAUUGUGUGAUGUCCAAAUGUUUUGUAGAAAGUUGUUGACAAAUCAUGGUUUUAUGAUUCCUAAUGUAAAUUUUAUUAGCUUUAAAAUAUAUUCAUGCCUUAUUUAAUUGAUGUUAGUGCUUUUCUUCAAUUCAUAUAUUGUUUACUUUGUUUGUAUGCAAUUUAAUAGGGUAAAAAUGUUUUUAUAUGAAACUUCUCGUUGAAUGUUAUGAUGUGAAGUGAAUGAGAGAGCUAAAAUCAUAUUUUUGUGAGGAUGAGAGAAAUCAGUUAUGAGAAGUAGGUAACUCCAAUUAUAAAUUUAUAAUAAAGCUGUGAUGUUGAGCUGAAUGAUGCGAUAUUUUUUAUAAAUGUUUUAAAUUUUUACAUUUUAUUUGGAUAUUUGAAAUGUUGCAAAUGCUUUAUUGUUCUCAAAUGUUUUAAUAAAACCAGUUUGUUGUGCAUUCAACAAAAAGUUUAAGAAAAAAAUGGUAAAUUUAAAAAUAAUUUUUCUUUUAUGCCAUGGGUGAAUUGUACUUCAUUUUUGGAUAAUGUUAGCAAUUUGUGUCGUAUUUUAUUGUUUUGUCUACAAAAACGUUUUUGCUCAUAAUCUAUUAACAUUUAUAUGUCAUGCAUUUAUAUGUUCUUCAAAUUGCAUCAAAACACAAAACAAGCUCUUUUAACUUCAUUAAUAUAAAUCUAUACCAUACAUUAUUAACAACUGUAAUGAAUACUUUAGACUUGGUAAAAUUAAUUUGAAAUUUUAAUUCAAUUGCUAAUUUGAAAAGCUACCCAUGGUAUUUAUUAUCUCGUAAAGAUAUGAAAUGAAAAUGGUCAGGGUUUCUUUGAAGAAGUUUAUGGAAAUAGUACUUUUGUUCAAGAAAUAAAGUAGCUAUAUUGUAUUGCUUAUUUUCCUUUAUCAGA